AUGUUAGAGGCGUUUGGUCGGUAUUUCAUCAAGUGGGUGCAGCGCAUUCUGCAGAACUGGACAUCCGCUGAUAUCCAAGAGGAAGCCAGAAAGUUUGGGCUGCAGCCAGACAAGCCAAAGCUGGACAAGCUGACAUUCGUGCAGAUUGAUGAGUUUUAUCCCAUCUCUCCAGACCAGCACAACAGCUUUUACCACUAUGUGAGCGAGUACUACAUCAAGGGCUUCGGCCUGGAUCCAAAGAGAGCUUUGCUGAUGGACUGCUCCAAAAUUGGCUUAGAUCUUGAUCCGGGCUACGGACCUACUGGCGAGCCGAGGGACUACGUCAAGAAGGCGCUAAAUAUGGAGGACGUCUGGCCAACCGGCGAGGUGGACCUCAGUCUGCGGACCCGGGAUCCGAGCACGCGACAGGAGCUUCUGCAGCAGCGGGUACUCCGCCAGGUUGAUCAGUGGUGCGCAGAGUAUGAGGCGAAGAUUCGCGCUUUGGGAGGCAUUGGCUUCUUCAUGGGAGGCAUCGGCCCAGACGGGCACAUCGCCUUCAACUGCCAAGGCUGUGACCAUUUCGCAACUACGCGGCUGGAUCAGCUCAACUAUGCAAGCCAAGCCGCAGCUGCGGGCGACCUCGGCGGCAUCGAGACAGUGAGAAGACGGAAGGUCAUUACCAUUGGUCUUGGCACCAUCGCCUACAACCCCGACUGUGUGGCCUUGAUCUGUGCCGCCGGUGAAGCAAAGGCUCAGGUUGUAAGAAACGCGGUGCAAGAGGCCUCGCACGUGAACUAUCCUGCCACUGCGCUCCAUCAGCUGCCCUCAGCCGCCUUUUUUGUGACCACUGGGGCAGCAAAGCUCCUAGAGCGGCGUCAGCUGGAGCUGCUGGAGAGGAUGCCGAGCAUCACUCCGAGCGUCAUAGAGCGUGUGCUUGUGUCGCUUUCCGGGCACCGCCGAAAGAAGCUGGUGGAUCUCUCCGAAGAGGAUCUGGCUUCAUGUCCCCUGGCAAGCUGUGCGGUGCGCAAAUCUGGACGGCCUUUGCAAGCCCUGGCAGAAGAGGUGAAAGAGUCCCUGAUCAGUAAGAUCGAACAGGGCUGCCGGGUCCGAGAGAACACGAAGUUCUUGCACACCGAGCCCCAUCACGAUGAUAUCAUGCUGGGCUACCUGCCGGCGGUUAUGCGCAACACGCGCGUGUCAUCCAACCAGCACCACUUUGUGUGCGCAACGAGCGGGUUUAACUCAGUCUCCAACGCCCAUAUGCUGAAGAUGCUGGCGCGCGUUGAGAGCUUCCUGGCGACGCCAACCUUUCAGCGAUUAGCGAAGGAAGGCUACUUCAGUUGCGGACCUGAGUCUCUGGACUUCCGACGCCGAGAUGUUUGGAAAUUCCUCGAUGGCAUUGCAGCCGCAGAUGACGAGCUGCGUGAUGAAGGGGCUGCAAGGAGGCUGGUUUACAAUCUGACUGUGAUCUUCGGAGACAGCGCCAGUAAUGGCGACCCCUCCAAGCUGUUAGCCCGCGUGGCAACGCUGAAGUCUUACUUCACAACUCAGUAUGCCGGCCAGAAAGAUGUCAAGGAAGUUCAAACCUUGAAAGGAGCCUGCCGGGAGUUUGAAGCUGAAUGCGUUUGGGGUUAUAUUGGCUGGCAGCUGCCCAACAUCUCGCAUUUGAGAUUGGGAUUCUACACGGCAGAUAUCUUCGCUCCGGAACCCACGCAGCAGCGGGAUGUGUUGCCCAUCUUGAAGCUCUUGAGGGAAGUGGAGCCACACGUAGUGAGCGUGGCUUUGGAUCCUGAAGCCUCGGGUCCCGACACUCACUACAAGGUACUGCAGGCAGCCACGGCAGCAUUGCAGCAGUAUGCUGAGGAGACUGGACGAGAGGACAUCACUGUUUGGGGCUAUCGCAACGUUUGGUUCCGUUUUGAGCCACAUGAAGUGAGCUCCAUCAUCCCAGUCUCGCUUCAGACUAUCUCCACCUUGAACCACAUGUUCCUGAGUUCAUUUGAAUCCCAGCGGGAUGCCGAGUUCCCGGCCUAUGAGAUCCAAGGCCCUUUCUGCGCCAUGAGCCAGCGCGUGCAGGUUCAGCAGUAUGACAUGAUCGAAACCUGCUUGGGCUACGAGUGGUUCCACAAGCAUCCCUCGCCUUUGAUCCGGGCGGCUCGUGGGCUUGUCUUCCUGCGCGAAAUGUCAGUCCAGGCGUUGUUAGCCGAGUCGCGCGCGUUGCGGCAGCAAACGGAAAACAUCUGA